AUGCGCGAUGCCGCACCUCCUCGCGCAGCCACUGCCUCUUCUGACCCCUCCACCGCCAGCUCGCACCCCUUGGCGCUGAGUGUCAUGCGCUUGACAAUUCCCCUUCCGAAUCGCACUAAUGCUAUGCCCUUCAUUCGUCAAGAGCCUUCCGAGGCCCUCUCCCCUUCCGAAGCGAACGUCCCCGAUCCGCUUUUGCAGAACAUUCCCCCAUGGGAAGGCGAAGGGGCCCCCUGUGGCGUCGGGGCCAUGUCCGUACUACCGGCUUCGUUCGGUUCUAUCUAUGCCUCUGAGACCUUUCGUUCCUUCAUCUCGGUGUACAACCAGUCGACCGGGCCCGUUCAGUCGGUCUCCAUCUCAGUACAAAUACAGACGUCUACGCAAACGACAAUCUCGCUACUCGACACCACACCCUCGCCGCGCCCGAUGUUGGAUCCCAAGACCAGUAUCAAUAAUAUCGUCAAGAUCCCUCUCCCGGACGUGGGGAUGCAUAAACUCCUCUGUGCCGCGAGCUACCGCGUUCAGAAAUCAAAGCAUUCUCAAAUUCGCACCUACCGACAAGUCUUCCGCUUCAAUGUCCUCCCGCCCCUCGAGCCCUCUCUCUCCGUUAUUCCGUUGUACAAGGGUUUAAAUUGCUUUCAGUUUCCUGACGCACAUGCCCGAUACAUAACAAACUUUGCGCACUACCUGGUCGAUCUCCGCGUUUUGAAUGCCGUACCCGUGCCGGUGUAUUUAACGGAUGCAACGUUUAUUCCAUGCAAGCCGUUUCGUGUGCGGUCGCUACUUCGCCAGUCUGCCGACGACAUAAUUCUCGAAAAAGAUGGUCUUGGCGAAGAGGACGCCAAGGUGGAAGCUCGCAACGUCAGCAUGGGGGUUGGCGAUGCACGCAACUUUUUGUUCCAUGUGUACACAAGUCUCAAUGAAUCUGGGAAAGACACAGCUCGAGGAGGAGAUACCGCAGUGGUUGCAACUGCAUCAGUAGCACAGCUAGAGGCCAGCAACCGCGGAAGUGAGCCCCCGUCUCAGCGUAAGAAAUCCAUUACAUCUGCAAGUCAAGCAUCUGGACGCCCAGCUGCUACAGGUAUGAGCAAUCCAACAAUACCGGUUUCAUCUGUAGAGACUGCGCCUCAUCAAUUAGGCCACAUAACAAUAUCAUGGCGAUCUGCUUUAGGAGAAAAUGGUCAUUUAGACAAUAUAGUCACCGCUAUGGCACCCGUAACACGCCAUGAUGACGUUGAAGUAUCCAUCUAUGCUGUUCCGGAGCAAAUUCACGCACAUCGACCUUUUGUCGCGAGAUGUGCGGCACGGAACAACACUGGUCGUGCAGCCCGGCUGUACUUGCAAAUUCGACGAGACCUAGUUGGUGAAAUCGUCCCUGUCGGUGUUAGUGGUGUAUCUCUUGGCGAAGUGCAGCCUGGGUGCACGGUGAGGUGCAGCAUUACAUUGAUACCUCUUGUGCGGGGUCAGCAUACAAUCUCAGGCGUCCGUGUUGUUGAUAUCGACUCGAAUAAGAAUUUCAAAGCGGACGCCGCUCUAGUCUCAGUCUCCUGAAUAUCUGUAACAACCAGAAACUUUAACCCGCUCAAAGAGGUUUCAUGCGUGAUAGCUUCCAUAUACGAUGGGCGGACACUUUCGGAAACCCCACGACCAUGCCUUCUCCCUUAUUUACCUCGGAAGGACCCAACAAGUAUUAAAUGACAUCGCCAACCAGGCAACCAGUUGCA